AUGGCGACACCAACCACGCUUCAAUCCGGUCUAAGACUAUCAGAUGCUAAGCUUCUGCUUGAGAACCCCUACCUGCCUAUGGAGGCUGGUGUAGCAGUCACUGAGGAUGGCCAUCAUCAUAUCGCAGCCUCUACAUAUAUGAAAGCCUCGACUGGUGCUAUGAUAGACUGGUGGUUUGGCUGGAUCCACAACACCGAGCAGUACAAGCUUUGGCAUCCUCGCGAUCAUGUCUUCUCCGAUUGGGAGGACCCCGCGACAACAGCAGCACCUAUAUCGGUGGUCACCAUCUUGUUCACGAAUACAUUGGGAAGAACCUUGCCAAACUCAAGAUUUCAUUUCGCGACCCGAACAGAUUUUCAAACCGCAGGUUACUCAACGGCCAUCUGUGGCAAGGUUGGCAAUUGGAAUGAUACAACGGGAGAGGUUGUCUAUGGUGGUCAUUUGAUCCACUUGAUCAAAGUUGAGCCAGAUGGUAUUCGGAUGCGCUCGCGGUUCUGGCUGGGUGAUAUUCCAGGACUAUCCGCAGAGGAGAGAAAAGCUGCACUUCCUCGCGAGUUCCCAUUUGCAUUGAUGCAGCACGCUGCUGAGGAGAUGGCUAUUUUGUCCACGAUUCUGCCUGACAUGUAUGAGCAGCAUGCUCCAAAAUCUGGAAGCAAUAAACUUUAA